AAUAAUAAGUGCACAUAAUUUUAUUUGUACAAAUGAUAUUUCAAUCCGAGUUUCAUAAAUAUCUGACUCUUGGUGCAAUGUUUACGUCGAGCAUUUACAGUGUAUGUAUAAACCGAUCAUUAUAAUGUACCUAAUAUUGUUGUAAUGGUGUCUCUAGUGUUGUUUUUUAAGCGACUCACGUGCGGUGAAAUCAAUCGUGCCGCGGUCGAAAUUCUGUACAAUAUUUUCGGUAUUUUGGCCAUCAUAAAAUAUUUCGAAAGAUAAAAAAUAAAAUCGUUGUAACUCUUGUAAUUGCGGAAACGUUAUUUGUAUGGGUGCGCGAAUUUUAAAAAAAAUAAUUCAUAUUACUUAAUAUCGUUUUUAAAUAAAACGCGUUCAUGGCCGGAGGUUCGUCUUCUGGAAGUAGCCCGAGGAGGAAACACAGUCGAGCCGGUAAAGCCAAUAAACUACAUCAACAACAACAACAUCAAACGUUAAACAGAACCGACACCGCAGUAUGUAAAAUUAAAAUUACAUUUUUUUUUUUUUUUUUACAAAAAAGUAAUUUUAGAUUCCGAGCGAAGCGAGACAUUUAUAAUAAUAUAUUAGUUUUACCGUGAUGUGUGUUUUUUUUUUUUUUUUUUACAAACAACAUAAUGAAUUAUUAUUCCCGAUCAUCGGUACUUCAACAUUUUUUCUGUACCUAUAUAAAACCGAAGAAAGGUACAAAACUAUAUAGAAACAAUUUUUAUCUUCAAUUAUCCGACCAAUAGAGUGUUACAGUCACACGAAAAUAUUACACAAUAAAUAUGCACAUUAAGGUGACCAUUUUUAUACAAAUAAAAAACGGGUAAAACAUUUGUUUUUUUAAUAAUUUAAUAAUUUUUUAUUUAUCCAGUUACAUUUAAUUUAUUAAAAUAAUAAAUAAAUCUAAUAAUUAUAAUAUGAUACUCUUAUGACUUACGGGUAUAUGCCGAUUGCUCAUCAUGUCCAUUGUUACCAUUUAUCGUGUUAUAGUUGUCUUUUUGUGAUGAACUGAUUUUGUCUAAUGGUUUUGGGUGUAUUAACAAAUAAUGAGAAAAAUCAUCACGGGAACAUUUUUUUUAAAAAUUAUUUUUCAGAAUAACAAUUGCUUCGAUAGUAUGUACAAGAAAUCGAUUUUUUUCAUUCGUCCACAACACAUUUGUUAUGGAAAAUACUCUUUAAAUUGCAGCAUUAGUUCCUGGCAACGCUAGAUAAUAUUCUACAAUCUUCCGAAAAUUGUUUAUGAAUAUACUUUUACUUUCUGAAACUUAAUAGAUAACAUACCAUGUUUCUUCAACACGAAUACUAAUAUUCAGCCAUUCUUUUAAAUUGUCACCCUAACGUACACGUAUACGGUAUACAGUGAGUUGUAUUGUAUGAUUAUGAAACGUUCACGUUUUAAUAAAAAAAAAAAAAAAAAAUUAGCAAUUAUUGCAAUAAAAGAAUCAAUUACAAAGUCGCGCAAUAUGUAUUUGUAUACGCCCUCUGUUUCGGAUGGAAUUUCAUUUAAUACAUUAAUUCAUUUAGUUUCUUUUUUAAAAUAAAUUUGUUAUUACUAUUCGAAGACAUUUUUCCCGCGUUCCUAUUUCGGCACGGUUUAUUUUGUAAUUUUUGUUAAUUGUUUGCGGCGAUCAAACGCCCGGGGUUCAAUUUUUAAAAACCGUCAAUCGCAACUCAGAUGGCCCAACUAAGUACUUUAUACAUAUACGAUAAUUUUAUUAAAUUAAAUGAGUUUCACAGUCCGAAUACCCAUAUUAUGAGCACGGUCAGUAUAGAAAAUAGAGCGCACAUCUCAUUAUUAAUUAUUAAUUACCUUUAUACCGCGAUAUAAAUCAUUUUAAAUUCUGAGUGAACGGAGUUGAGAAGAAUGUAUUGGUUUUACAGUGAUUAUUAUUAUGAUUUCUUUUUUUAAACUGUGCGCGAAAAUCUACCAGAAAUCUUGUUCUGAAGGAUCAAGUGUAGUACAUUUUCCGAAAAUAGAAUUGUAUUCAGUUGGUACUUCAAGGAAAUCAUUUUUUGAUUUUUCAAUUAUUUUUCAUAAUAACUGGGAAAAACCGAGAGAAAACUUAAGCAAAACGGGAAAAUGUAUGGAAAUAAUAUAAAUUUUUAAAUCAAAUUUUGACGAAAAUUUUAAAUAAGAAGACCUUUUAAACAUAUUUAACCGAAUUCCGCUUAGAAUUAUGGCCCACCCACCGUGCGAAGUAUAUUCGUUUGUACACAUUUGUUUAAAAUCAAAAUUAAUUCGUUUGGGUAUGAAAUUUUAAUAUCGAUACGGAUCAUAUUCAUUUUCUUUGCGAUACCUCCAUUUAUAUUUUCAAGUCUAUAUAGUUAGAAUACAUCUUUAUAUUUGUUUCAAUUGUGUGUUUUUGUUCCGCCCAUAGGCAUAAAAGCUCAACAUUUCGAUAUAAAGGUUAGAGUGAAAAAUUUACGAUAAUAGUCACCAUUUUUUUCUCUCUCUAAAAAUAGGAAUUAUGAUGUUUUUCGGAACAUUUUGAUUGCUAUUACUCUAACCAAAAACGCUCUAACUUAAAACAAUAUUAAUUGUGCGUUUGAAUUUCAACCCCGAGCACUAUGAUCACGAGGGUAAACGACGCCACUCCCCCUCGUCGAUCGUAUUUUUAAAUGUUACUGUAUAUGGCGCUCCUGUAUGGUUUACUUUCAUAUUUUAUGUUUCGGGUUUGUUUUUUUGCCACCUCUCUCUUCCCCACCGCAAUUGAGAGAUCCCGGCUACGCCACUAGUAGUAUAUUUUGGUAUUCUAUAUUUAUUUUUUUUCGUAAAGCGAAAAUUAAUAAUAUUAUUCACGAUUUUUAAUGACGAUAAAAUAGUAAUAUUGUUAUGAACAGGACGACGGCGCCGGUAGCGCGAUAACCUAAUACAGAUGGUCGCGUCGGGUUUAUUAAGUUGUUCACCGUGUAUAGUUCAAUAAUAUCAUAACGGCAAUGCUCGAUACGGGAAUUAUACCGUAUUACAGUGCCCUGCAAUUUCACAUUAUAGAAAUAUAAUAGCCGGGCGCGUAUUCCGCUACGACGAGACACAUAUUGUGCAUUAUUCAAUAAUCGUCCGCGCAUAAUAAUAAUAUUAUGUGAAAUCCAAAACGUGUCAGUUAUCGUCGUCAUUGUCCAAAUAUCCAUUACAUAGUAAUAAUCAACCCCGCUUAUUACAUUAAAAAUAGCAAAUUAAAUUCGUAGCUAUUGUCGCGUUUUAGACUGCGAGUUUGUAACAAAUAAGCUAUUUGUAUAGUACAUGCCUAAUUAGUUUUAAUAAGACGUGCGUUUUUUUUCUUCAAAAAAACACUUUUAUUCUGUUAGAUAAAACGCUCCGAAUUUUCGCGCCUAGCAGUAAAAUAUGCACGUUUAUCUCGCUCGAUGAUACUUUAUGCGAAACAAUUUUCUAGAUUGCUAACAGUUUUUCUAAACAAUUCUAAUAAAAAAAACGGACAACAAAUGUUUUAAUUUAUUUUUUUUGAUUUCCGGGUUAUCUCGGUCACGAUGGAGACGAAAAUACGACGAUAACCUCUUGAGCUUACUAAGUCGCGCGUUCAGAAGUGUUUUCUAAUUUUAACGAUUGGCUGUUGCGUUUUGUGUACAAACUAAAUUAUACUACAUCCUAUAACUUCCCAACUGUCCACCUACAACAGAGACCAAUUGACGAUGCGAAGUAUGUCCGGCAUCUUUCUUGUUCUUCUGCUUAACGCUUUUUUUACGCAAUAUUCUCAAUAAUUUCGCCAUAUAAUCGCAAUACAUAAAUCAAAUAUUAAAUUACUUUUCGCUUGCUAAUUGCAACUAUCGCGUCGAAUUACUGUAACCGUUUGCUUUGAAUUAUAUAGCGAUAUUUGUAUACAUUUUUUUUUUAUUACUUUUUUGUUUCGUAUGCGAUUCUUAAUGUGAGAACGUUGCCGCACAUGUAUCACGUAUAUGGUGAUGUUUUUAUCGACGUACAUUUUCUGCUCAAGAAUAUUGCGACGCUCUAAUAUAAUAAUGCAUAACUUUCAGCGUACAUGUAUAGGAUAUUAUAUACUUACUGGUGUGCGGCUCACUUAUAGAAAUUGGGCAUUGUUCCCACAACUCUCGUGUAUAGGAGGGUGCCAGAACAAAAACAAAAAAAAAAAAAAAACAAAAAGAAAUAAUAAAAAAAAAAAAAAAAAAUUCUUUGCCAGGGUUUGAAAACCCCUUUUUACCGUUUGACAUAUGCCACUAUAUAUUAUACGGGUUAUUAUUAUUUUUUUAGUUCCCUCCCCUCCCCCCCCCCCCCUCCCCGAACACUAAAAACUCUCAAAUUAGGUGCUCUUCGAGUGAUGUUUGUUAUCGUGUUCCGCGGUGUAGUAAUAUAAAAUAUCUGAUCGUUACAACAUUCGCCGCGCCUUCUGAACCGGAUAGGGUCGUAGAGUUGAGUGUUUUUGUUUCGCGUACAUAUACGAAUAGAAGCUAAUAUGUAAUGUUUGCAAAACACAAAGUAAAACAAAACAUUGUUAAUUCUCGGUCGAAUACUUAUUUCCGUGAUGUAUAGAAUAAAUACAUUUUAGUGUUUUUCGUAAGUUUUUAUAAUAUGACACAAUGAUUACGUAUAACGGAUAUUAUCAAGACAAUUCAAUAUUUUCAACCACAUCAAUCUGUGGGCUUCGCCCGUUUUAUUCAUUUGAGUAAAUAUUAUUAUAUUAUUUGUACAUUGGUAUUUUGCCCAUAUUUUGGAUAAAUAAUGAAUGAGAUUAAUGAUUAAUCAAACUCUAAAGUUAUUAAUAACUUAAACAUAAUUAUACCCGAGUAUAAUUAUUUUUUACGGUUUAAAGAACAUUAGUAUUUUUGGCCUUUUUUUUUUUUUGUUAUAAAAAUGACUAAAAUAAAUUACAAGAACCUAGUGAUCAAUCAGGUUCCCUCUACAUAUUUAUAUACAUUGUAUAAUAUUAUAAUUAAUAAGGUAAAAUAUCUGGUAGAGACAAAAAUCGAUGCAAGUUGAAUUUUCAACAUUUCACCAGUCUUUUCGUAGUUUUUAGAAAUAACUAUAAAGCCAACGGUCCGGAAAUGUUUUAAAUUUAGAAAAUCUACUCAUGUUUACUAACUGGCUUAUCAAAUUGUACUAUUUAUUAGCCUAUUCUGUGCAAACAUGGCCUAUAUAUUUUGUACUUUAGGAUAAGGUUUCUCUACUCUCCACCAAUAUAUCGACCUUUGAUUGCUCGAAUCAGUAGUUCCAAUCCGUACAAGGUUACUGAAUCAAAGCGACUUAUUGUUGAUUUUUUAAUUAUCUUGAUAGGUAAUUAUCGCGGUCUCAAUUUUUUUCCAGGCCAUUAAUAUCAUUGAUUAACUUUAUUGUAUUCUAGACGUUAAUUUUCCGACUACGUCUUCAUAACGGUGUGUUAUUCUCAUUAUUGUUCCAAUAGACAAUGUCGAUACACAGCUUAUAAAAUCAUACUUCGGUUUAUAAAACCGAAAACAAAAUUCUGUUAAGAAUACGGGAUCCGUUAAACGCUGGAACGGGAAGAAAUGCAGUGUAAAAAUACAAUAAGAUAAUAUAUAAGAUAUACCGUCGUACAUUUUCCAGAAAGAAAAAUCCUCUGUCGUCGUAAAUAUAUACGUCUGGACACAUACAUAUUAUCCACGUUGGUUGCUGCUGCUACACUACACGAUUUCAGAAAAUGUGCCAAAAAUAUAAAAACGCAUAUAUACGAACAGAACCCCGAAAACCGUUUCGAACAAUACGAUAUAAAUAAAUAACAAAAUAUAAUAUACAUUUUAAUGUUUUUUUUUCCCUACACGAAACCAUAACGCAAAAUACCUACCCUACCCCGGGAUAUUUUCUAUUUUUUUUCCCCCGCGGUGGUGGUGAACGAUGAUGGUUACGACUAUUAUAAUAUAUAUGCUGUAUAUAAUAACAUUGGGUGAGCAAAUUCUUUAUGUAAUUCGUUCGGGUAAAAUUUGCGUUAGUAUGUGACUAAAAAAUGUGAUUUUUAAAAAAACCGGUCAUUUCAGCUAUAAUGUUAGUUAAUGUUAGUUUUUUCUCGAAAACUACAUGUUCGGUUAGGAAAAACGUUCCGAUUUUUCACGCCGUACCUUAAAAGAUGUGGAUUUUUCUCCGAGUGGUAAUUUAUUUGAAAAAAAAAAAUCCUCAUUCUCACAUUCCAAUAAAAAAAUAACAAUAAUAAUGGAAAAAUUUAAUUUUGUAUAUUACGUAUUUUAGACUCUGAGUGGAGAGAAGAAGCUUACGGUUUUACAAAGAUGUUUAUUUUUUAUUUAUUUUUUUUCUAUGGACAACUUUUCUACUAGUAAUUUUGCUCCAACUUUUAAUGAUAUCAAUAUUCCUAAAAGUAAAUUUUACUAGCCAGGUACUUUAAAGAAGUCAUUUUUUGAUUUUCUCAGGAGUUUACUCAUUAAAUUCGAAAAACCGGAAAAAAAAUGUCGGAAAAUUUGGAAAUUCGGUAUUACAUUAAACAAAUAUUAUUAAAGAAAAGAUAUAUAGCCUAUUUAUUAAUUUUACUAUAAAACGACAUAUACAUUGUUCAAAAAGCAUCACUACUAUAUAAAAAGCAUCAACUGUACCCCACUCAGAAUCGUUUUUUCGUGAGCAAUGGUUUAUCGUUUCUUACAGGUGUACGUGAAAUCAUCUAUUGCAGUGGCUGCACUCAUCCCCAUUAACCAGUGUUGGGACUUAUCUAGAUAAAUUAAUCUAAAUAAAUUAUAUAGAUGGAUUUUCAGUCAUCUUUUAUCUUAUCUAGAUAAAUAAAACCAAGUUAUCUAAGUAUUUAUGUAUGUUAACAGUUUUAAUUAUUUAGAUAAUUGUUAGAAAACAACUAACUCAGAAAAUUUUAAAAUCGAGAUUUAGGUUAACUGGGUAGAAAAUGUCAGAUUACGCAUUUUGCUAAAAACAACCAUACUACUAUUGGAGUGUAACGUUAUCUAUCAAUCAUUUAAAAACGUACUGAAUAAACUCAAUUUUUUUACCAUCAUAUAUAUAUUGUUGACAAAGUAUCACUAUCAACUGAACUCCGCUCAGAAUAGUUUUUUCCUUAGCAAUGGUAAAUCGUUGUUAAAAGAUAUACAUUAAAAUACCUAUAUCAGUGGCUGCAUUUGUCCCCAUUAUCGUAGGACAUCUUUUUUUUUAAAUUUAAUUAUUUAAAUUACCUAUAUAAUGUUUUAUAAUUAUUAAUUUAUUAUUAAACAGUCAUAAUUUUAAUAUAAAGCGUUUCUCGACACCUACUUUGGGUAUUUUGACUAAUUCUUUAUCCAUAAAAAAAAUUAGAAAUAAAACAUCAGCUAAUAUACGAAUUAUAAACAAAUAACAUUUUUUAAAAAUAUCAAAUUUUUUUAUCUAGAUAUAAAUGUAAUUAGCUUUUGUCUUAAUGUAGACGUUUUCAAUUUGUUUAACUCUUAGCCUUAUUAAAAUAAAUGCAUGCACACUAUCUUUUAUCUUUAUCUACACAAAUUUUACAUUAUCUAUUCACAACACUACCAUUAUUCUAGGACGUUUUUUUCAAUUAUUUUUUUCCAUAGAACAAUAUUACAGUAGUUGCCGUACGUGUAUUGCAGGCAAUUAUUUUCCACUAUAAAAUAUUUUACGGCAAUAAAUCAUUACGAUAAAAUCUAUAUAACUGAAUCAUAUUCGUAAAUCUUCUUCGUUCAAGGUGAUUCGAUUAUAAUAUAAAUUUGCUGAACCGUAAUGUUAUUUUAAUGCGUUUAACGUGAUUCUCGUAGCGUCGGCUAUAGCGCAUUCGUUCUGUAUGCAAUAUUAUUGUUUCUCAUCGGUAUAACUACUUAAACCACUGUUUGCGAAUUUAUGUUUUAUUAUUUACCCGGUUAAAAGACUGUUACCGUUACCUUCGUCGGACACGGAUUACCUAUUCGUGUUGUAACUAAUAGAAUACACACGUCUUAUCACGUGCGAAUUACAUACGAUAAUUAUUAUUAUUGCGAAAGACAAGUAAAAGUCAAUCAAUUUGUGAAACCGCUGACGCACAGCGAGUACGAUAUUUUCUAGAUUUUCGUAUAGGACAUUUUCAUCGGUUUUUCAGGCUUUCCUCUCGCCCGUCUUAUUGUAUUUAUAUUAACUUACGUUUAUAUAAUCUGGUUUAACGUUUCGCUUGUAUGCACUUUGAUAUAAUAUUUUUAAAUACCUAAUUUAAUUUGCAUACUUUUAAUACGAAGCGACUAUAUGAACAUUAAAUGAAAAUAUAUUGUAACGAUUUAUCUAUUAUCAAUAAUAAUAAUAAGACACGAUAGUUUGUUAUACUUUCAAACCGAUUGCAUUUCAUACCGAAUAUUUUGUGUUUUACAUUUUUCAUUCGCUUUUUUUUUUUUAGUUUUUUUUUUUAUAAUUCAAAGGAUUUUACCAAAACGAAAUAUUGUUUCGCCAUCGAUUUUAGCUGCCGGACGUCGUUAACCGGUGCGCGCACAUCAUAUAAUAUUUAUCACGCGACUACCAUAAUAUUAGGAUUUAUUGUAUUGUACGCGUUAUUGGGUAUCCGAUACGAUGAUAAUCGCGUUAAAUUGUCAAAACUGUUGAAGAGGUUUACCGAGCUGAUCGGCGGCGAUCAUCUCGCUCGAUAAUAAUAUUAAAGUUUAACGGUGAUAUUAUUGCAUCAUCGAAUAUUAUGAUAUUAUGUUCGUGUCGUAUAAUAUAAAUUGGACGGCUGUCGAGUGCCGUCGAACCGGCGAUAAUUAAUAUGCAGCGAAAAUGAACGGCGAAAAUCGUGUUUUAUUCUUACGGAUAUACCGUAUUGCUCUCACCGUGUGGACGAAAUUAGGGAAAUAUCGUUUUUUUUUUUUUUUGUCAAAUUAAUUUCACAUAAUUUUAUGACGGACAAUAGAGUUGCAUAAAAUACAGGCUCGUCUCCACGGCGCCGAUAACGGCCUAUCGCCUCCUAAAUUGUUAUUAUUCCGGUGUAAUGCAUUCAAAGCGUACCCACCCAUAAUCGUAUUUAGGUAAUUCUUAUUUUGUAAUCCGUAUAACACCGAUUGUGUAAUGACGUACUGUGAUUAACUUUGCAUUUUGGAGCGUGUAUUGUAAUGUGCGGUAGUCACUGGAACGGGCAAUACGAUAUUAUCGUGAUUACGUUCUGUACGCGCGCGCGCUAUUUAAAUAGCGCGGAUUAAAAGAGAAUGUCUAGCGCGCGCGCGAGAAUCAACGAUAAUAAUUAAUUGAUAAUUCCGCUGUUUUUCAAAUAUCUUUGCGCUUUUCCGUCUAUAUCUACCAAAAUUAGUUCUGAUUUAACAAAACGUAAAAAUAAUUCAACACUUACGUCAGUGUGACCGUUUUAUAACGGACAAUCAAAAUUUUGAUUUGAGGACCCGGACCACACUCUACAGUGUAUUGACAUUAUCGCGGGUCGAUGGCAAAACAAUUGUUUCAUGGUGAUGAUGCACGAACAAUAAUCGGAUCGCGUUAAUCGCCAAAACAAGUGUUCUGUAGAAAAAACCAAAAACACCACAUCUCAGUAAAUCUAAUAGCGCCUCUUUGUUACGUUCAGAAUUAAAAAAAUUAUUAAAGAAAUAGACGCUGUAUACAUUUACUGGCCACACGUAUUAUGUGUUUUAUGCAGUUUUAUGUAUAUUUUCCCUCCGGUGUAAUUGUUUGCGAACCAACACGGUAAACGCGUAAUUGAUGUUUUGUUUUCGAAAAAGUGACGCGAAAACAUACCGUCACGCGUCAUGUAAGUACGUAUUAUUAUAGCUCAAAAAUAAUUGCGUUUUUUUAUUUUUUUUUUUUCCAAAAAUAACGAGAGCUUAUUAUUUUUAUAUAACUUUUAUCAAUAUUAAUUUUCCGUUAUGUGUUGUGUACCAACUGAAAUAUUUACAAAACAUUAUAAUAAUGUAUACUUAAUACUUAUUCUUACCCCAAUCGUCGGGGGAAGAUACCCUCGCGUAGCGUUAAUAUUGUGUGUACAAGCGAAAUCUCCGUAUAAAUAAACAUCUAACAAUAAAGGGACGUUAAACGAUAGGGAACGAACCGUAUGAUAUAAAUUAUUCGGUUUUAUUUUAUUUUUCGUCAAAAUGAUACAUAAGCAUUAAAUUGUUCGAAUAAAUAGUAUAUUAUUGAAAACCCCACGAAAUUCCGUUACGAAAUGCAAAAUUGUUUAUUAACAAUCAACAGCACAAUUGAUUUUGUUUUUAAAGUAUUUCAAGUAUAAAAAAUAGGAUAACAUUAAAAAAAAAAAAUUCUGUUUACAUAGUAACCUGCCACAAAUUACGAAUGCAUCAAAUAGACAAAAUUUGCUACGCACAAAACAGUUGCUGCAGAUGUUUACGGUUAUGGGAGCAAGUUAUUCUAUCUUGAAAGAAAAAAAUAAUAAAACCAAAGUUUAAAUAAACCACACAAUUAUCUCUUAUAACUGUGCACGCGGGCCACAGACCCUAUGUGUUUAAUCGGUUAUGCUUCGGCUAGGUACCGAUUAUACAGGGUAAAUUUACAUUUUGAUUUAGUGGCUAUUUAUAUGAAGAUUUUGAUUGGUAUUUAUUUUAGUCGUACAAUCAUUUAACUAUUACAUUUAAAAUAUUCACAAAACUUGAUGUCAAAUAUGGAUUUUCACCCACCCCUCUCACAUUUUAAAGUAAGAUUCGAAAAAAAAUAAUUUUUUUUUUCAAAAGCUGCCAUCUAAAAAUGGAUUUUAUUAUAAUAUACUCCUCUGUUUUAAGUCUUGAAUCGUAUGAACUAUCGUAAACAGUUUAAAUCCGGUAUUAGUGCAUAUCGAAUUUUUUAGAAAAAAUAUUAUCUCUUCGAAUCUGCGUUGAAAGAAGAACGGAUGAGAGAGAUAGUUAUUUGAAAAUCAAAAGUUAAACCACGUAUUUGUAGGAAUGUGGGUAAAAUCUUGAAAAUAUUGUUAUAAAUGACUUUGUAUAAUAUGACUAAAUGGAACCGAAAUAAAUUGUAUAUAAAUCUUCAUUUAGAAAAUGUUGUACUUAGUUCUUUGCCGUGCCUAUAGGAUCACUCUUUUACCAGUUCUUUCAGAACAGUCAAAGGAGUUUCCCCCCUCCCUUUUAAAAAAAAAAAAGAAUUGAUUUAAAAUGUGUUCAAUAUUAUUUUGAAAAUUGUAUCAUAUUAUUGAAUCACAACUCUAUAAGAGUUUUAGCCGCCACUAUCCUUGUACAGGGUACUUACGGGUAGUCUCUGUACUGGGCAGUUUUCUCCUAUGAUUCACCUAUUAUUUCUACUAUUAUUCCAAAUCUCAUAGUUUAAUUGUAAAAUUAUAAAAUACGAGCCAUAUUUAUUUCACGAAUCCCGUUUUAAACAUCCAAAUCUUAUUUUCUACGUGUCUAUCCAUCGUUUAUUUUCUGACUUUGUUCUGCUGGUCCGUAUUCUUCUUUCGGCAGGUUUCCAUUCGAUUGACGCUCUAACUUAAAUUGCACCCUUCUUUCGUGCUGCUCAUCCUAGCCAUUCAAUAUUACUGUUAUUAAUAGCGAAAAAUUGAAAAAAUAAAAGUAUACUGCUUAUGAAUGUGUCACUAGUUUUUGAUUUCAGCAAGAUUUCUGGUUAAAAAGUUCGUUACAAAAAAAUAAAUAACAAUAAUAAUAAUAAUACAAUGAAAAAAAUUACGCCACAGUAAAACCAACACAUUCCUCGUUUCACUCGGAUACUAUAAAAGAAUUUAAAAAAAAAAGUGUGCGCUGCUCCUCUCGAAAUCGUCGAUACAGCCUAGUAUACUAGUGUUGGCUUUGUUUUGAAUUCUCCACUGCGUAUGUUGAUAAUAAUUUCGGGAUCAUGACGAAAAAAAAAUAUACAUAAAAAAAAUCACCCUGUAUAAUGGAGCCAAGUGGUGGCGGCAACGGCGGUAGCGGCGGUGAUGGCGUCGUAAUCGUGUGCGGUUCGCCCUUAAUUAAACUAGACGGAGAUUGGAACGCCGCCGCCGGCGGCAUUGGGCGGCAAGAAAAACUGCUGACUUCUGCUCGCGCGGUGCGGUCCGUUGCAAAAUAGCGACGCGCUAACGACUCCGCGCUCUCUCUCUCGCUCUCUGUCUCUGUCUCUCUCUCUCUCUCUCUCUCUUUCUCUCAUUUUCUCUCCGUUCGGGUCCGAAAAGCACGCGCCUGCACAAUGGGACGCAGAUUGAAAAGAUGUUCUCGUUUACGUGGCUAUGUAUAUACGCACACACACACACGCACACACGCACACACGCACACACACACACACACACGCACACACACAUACACGCACACGCACAUACACGCACACACACACACACACACUAAGCGUAUAGAUAUAUUAUUAUUAUUAUUAUUAUAUAUAUACGAGAACGAGAAAAUAGAGACAGAGUGAUUAUAGUGCUGCGACGUCGCGAGAGAGACUCGGGACGGCGGGGGUAUAAACGGAACGGGCGCGCGGCUGCCGGGCGAGAGCGAAAGAGUGAAACGGAGAGAGUGCGAGAGAGCGAGAGAGAGUGGGCGGAGGGAGGCGAGCCCGACGUAUAUUAGGGAGAAAAUGGAAUAAAAGGCGAAAAACAGGAGGCGGAGUGGGGCGGACGAGAAAAAAAAAAAAAAAAAAAGGAGAGAGAAUUACGACUUUCUAUUCCGCGAUCUGCACCUCGUCGUAUCCGCCCGCCGCCGUUCCCGCAAAAGUUACCCUUGAGGCGUGCUUUAUUGGAAACCCCUCGUCCCACACUAGCGACGACCCGCGCGCGCCAAAAGAGUCACGAAUCAAUUAUAAUAGCUCUUCCUGUAUCGUACCGCACUCCCGCGCUCCCGCGGUGUGUACCGUAUAACUCCGGCGUAACAGUGGAGAGUUUCCCGGAAUCGGAUUAAAAGUCCUGUUGCGCUCCUGAAAAAAAAAAAAAAAAAAACGGCACGGUAUUAUACGGCCGUCAACGCAGGCGGUGACGAGAGACCUAUGCGCGUAUUGUAGUAAUAAUAUAUUAUACAGGGUGACCUUUUUUCCCUCUAUUUUCAUCGCGAUUCGCCGUUUAUCUAUUAUUCGUAGGUACAAUGUCGAGUGACAUAGAUUUCGAUUUUGAUUUUUUUUUUUUUUUUCAUAUACAUACGUAGAAUCGCUGAGCGAUCGUGUGUACAAUGUUUUCGAAAUUUCGCAAACGCACUUUAACGUUUGAUUUCGACCGUAGCCACCUCUCCGUCCGAAUCGGAUCACUUUUCGUUUGACAGAAAUCGAAUUUGUUUGAAAUCAACCGUUUAGCUAUACUGGAUUAUGAUCAAAUUAAAAAAUUAAAACACCCUGUAUAAACGAACGCAUAUUAUUGUAUAAUAAUAUGCGUUCCUUAGGUACCGACGACGACGCCGGAAACUUUUAAAUAAAAUCAUAAUAACAUUACGUACCUAUAACAAUAAUAAUGAUGACGAGAAACGAGCGCGUCAUUGUAAGUCGCAACAUCCGUAUCGUCGAUGGCGACGUUAUUAUUAUAUUUUUUCUUUUCGUUUUUUUUUUUUUGUUCGAAAAUACCGAUACUUCCGUGACGGUUGUUGCCGUUUACAAAACUGAAAAAAAAACUACCUACGCUCUCCUUAUUACGGGUACAUUCGCGUUCUCAAAAUCGCAUAUGGUAUGUCGUAUCGUACUGUCCCAACGAAGAAUUAAAAUGCCGCGAGUCAAAAAAAGAAAAAACAUAGAAAACAAAAAAAAAAAAAAAAAAAAAAAAAAAAAAAGGAAACCUGAGAGAAAUCUCAAAAAUAAAUAAAUAAUAAAAAAAGCCAAUUACUGAAACUCAGCUCUUAGGCGAAUACGUCGUAAAUCUGGAACAUUGGAAUAUCCGCUCCUGCACCAUUUUUCUCUGGAAACGAAUAAAAUAUAAUAUACUGCUCGAUAAACGUUUGAUUAAUUUUUAGUUUCUUAUUGAAACAUGUUGUUGUUAUUGUUUAUAAGUUUUUUUUAUCAAGCUAUAUUUAAAAAGAUGGACAUAUUUCGCCUAAUAGGUGGACCACUGUUGUAGACGAGUAGUUGGAAACGUAAAAGGAUAUAGAAGGGAAUUAAACAUAUAUCUGUGCGCAACGAUUUAAGACCAUAAAGCAUGACUUGUAAUGGUCCUCCUGAUAAAUUUUCAAGGAUUCUGUUUGAUCUAACAAUUGUAUCUACAGAAUACAUAGCGAUUAAAAAUUAUGCAAAAAAACUUGCAAAAUUUAAAUGUCUACAAAUAGCUCAAAAAUAGCUCAUAUGUUUUGAAAAAUGUGUCAUGUCUAUAAAAGAUAAAUAAAAGUGUUAUAACCAAAUUUAAAUUGUCUAAGAAAAUGUACAAAUAAACAAAAUUAAAAAUAACAAAAAACAUUAUUUUCGUAAAUUUUCCAGAUUUGUCUACGUUUUUCCCCGGUUUAUCAAAAUUAUUAUGAAAACCAAAAAUGACUUACCCGAAGUACCCACUAUAUAAAAUUCACUCUCAGAAUAUGCGCUACAUUUAAUACAUCCGAUCAAGAUUUCUAGUAGAAAAAAUGUUCACAGAUACAAAUUAAAUAAUAAUGAAACAAAAAAAAAAAAAAGCAUCAUUGCAAAACCAAUACAUUCCUUGCUUCGCUCUGGGUCUAAACGUGCUAAUAAUAAUUUCGAUUUUGGUUUUAACCCAGAACUGUAUGUUUAGUGUUUGGUAAACUAUUUUUGAAAUCAUUACUCGGGCACAUAAUUUGUUGACCUAAUAAUAUUAUAAUAAAGGCCAUGCGAUCAUAGACAUUUCGACAUUGUUUUAUAUAUUUAGUCACUUUUUGCACGAAUACGACGCAUUUAUACCUAUGUAUUUUGUACAAUUAAUAAAAAUCGAUCGUCGUUUAGCCUUUGAAUCAUUUAAUUUGUAAAAAUGCAAUAUAAGUCAACCCGUUUUAAACGACGAAAAUUUAAUAAAAGAAAAUACCUAACGUGAAGCGUUUCGUCUGAACCAUUUAUAUAAGAUGACGUCAUAACGGCUGAUGAUGUAUAUCGUUGAACUUAAGGUCGCGUAUAACAAAUCGGAGAGUGGCUGAAAUUUCAUAAUAAUUGUUUACUUUCACACAAAAUAAAUAGCAAAGUUCAGGAUUUUAUCUUCGAAACUACGAAAAUGUCGGUUCGGGUUAAUGGCACCCCAGAGGUAAUUGAUGAUUUAAGUUUUUAGCCGCUGUGUAGCCGGGGUUUUUAAGACGACGACGGAAAAUAAACAAUUUAGUCGCCCUUAAAGAAACGUCAUGAUAAUAUAAUAAGGUAGGUUCGUUCUUUGUGAAAUCCAUUUGGCUGCGGAACAAUAAUCGUGUACAAAACGUACUCGUGCGGGUGCGAGCGGAGUGGAAUUAUUGUAGGCAAAAAUUAAGAAAUCAAAUAUUUCCAGGUGUUUUUUUUUUUUUAAUUGUUACAUCAAACCUGAACGAGACGAACGAAAUAAUAGAGUACUUAAGGACUUAUUAUUUUUGAAACGAACGAAUAAUAAUAAAAAAAAAAACGAUUUAUUUAAUUUAACAUUUUAUUCGAGUGAUCGCGCAACGCGUCUGGAAAAACACGAAAGUUACAAUGCGGUUUCGAGACAAUUAUGUUCUGCAAUCAGAUACAUAUAAUAUGUAAACCGUAAAAUAACAAAUUCAAACAUAAUAAAUGCGUUCCUAAGAAUAAAAAUAUUUUGAGGGGAAAAAAACCACAGGUACUUGAUUGAAGCGAUCGCGGUAAGUUAUCUCAGUAUCUAUAAAAUAUAAACUCUAAAUAAUAAUAAACCUAUCCAACUGCUCUAAUUUUAAAGAAAUCUAGUCAUAAACCGCUACACUAUUGGUGAGACCUUUAGCAUUUAUCACUUGUUUAGUUAGUGUAUUGUAUGACUUUUCUCGAUUUUAUUAUCUGGAAAUGUAUUGGUAUAGGUAAUUUCUUGUAAAAAAAAAAAAAAACAAAAAAAAAAUCAAAUAAGAACAAUAAAAACAUUAUCUCCAAACGCGUUCUAUAAUGUUAUUUCGAUAGUAAACAUAGAGCUGUAAACUGCUGUGGUACCAUUAAACGCGGCAUGGAAUUUCCGCGCAGAAUUUACGUAUGAGCCAAAAACGAAUGGCCAAAAUUAUCGACUUUAGCGUCUUUAGCCCCAUAAAACCACGACCUUAUGCUUUUUGUUUAAUAAUAUUUCGUAUUUUAUUGACUCGUGGACUGUGCGAGAAAUAUCUGGAUAAUAUUUAUUAUUCGAUUGAAUAUAUAUUUAUCGGUCGUAAUAAUAUAUUAUGGAAUUGUCGUUUCUUUAUAAUAUUAUGUUUCGCGCACCCGUAUAUGAAAUUGCAAGUUUGUACCUAUACAUUAUAUGUUCCAGAUGUUCGUGAUUUAUAGCGUUUUUGGAUUGCCGUCCCCUCCUCCGCAGUGUUAUAUUAUAUUUCCGGUUGACUUUCGAAAUUUUUUCCUCUUCUUUUAAUAAUAAUAAUAUUAUAUAUUGUAUUAUAGUACAUUUUUCUCGGGAAAUUUUCCCCUUGACUUCUCGUCAAUAAAUAAUUACGUUAGUAUUAAUAUUUGCACAGUGCACAAGGUGCAGGCGGGAACUCGCACGGCUUAACUUUCAUAAUAAAUAAAAUGUUAUUACGAAACAGUCAACCGAAAUAAAAAAUGUGCACUUUUAAAACGCAAACUUAAUUUAAAAUGGUAAAUAACAUGUAUUGUAUACCUACAAAAAUAAUAAAUAACGUAUCGUUUAUUCCGCGAUUUUCGAAAACGACCGUCUUAAAUUCGUGUUAUUAUCGACGUAAAGACACAGGAAUAAGAAAAUAAAUUAUUUACACAAUUUUUUCAGCGGAAAAUUGAAAGAAAACAGUAGAAAAAUAGACCAUUAUAAACUAAUAUCUAAGUUAAUGAUCCAUUCUAAGGCUUUUGCUGGUUAACUUUGUAAUGUCCGUCAUUCCUCGGCGAAAACUUUUUCUCGGACAAUCUAGUAUAAUGUACUGCGUCCUGUUCCACUGUCUGGCUUUUGCUAUCACAAUCGAUUUCAGACCCGUCUCGAAGUUUCCGCCGAUACAUCUGUGUCCGCGUCUUUCGUGGGCCGUUCUGAACCGGUUUUAAGUUGCCCACUCUUGGCGGGGCAGUACAAAUUAUGCAAAUAUUCGUCUUUAAUCCAAUAGAAAUACACAUAUAUUUAUGUUAAAUCGUAUGGAAAAAACGUUUAAGUUAGAGUGAAAUAUAUAGAUAUAUUUAUUAAAUGUACUCUAUAUUGUAGUUUUUGGCCGGCUGGUGGAAAACACCUUUUAUUGGCAAUAAAAAUACCAAAACCGAAAGUUUUUUUUUUUUUUGGUAGAUAACGAGAAAAGUAGAUAAACCGAAGAUUUUUAACAUAAACUCUUAUAAUGUUAUGUCUUUGAAAUGACGGACAACUGUAACAUUAUUGAUUUAUAAAAUUAUCGAAAAUACGAAGGAAUUUAAAUUCAAUAUUAUUGUAGGGUGAUACCGAUGUUUUACCGACCGUGUAUACGGAAAUUAGACUAAUUUCAGUCCGAUCGAAAUGUAGUGAAACGAUAAUAAUUCUGAAAAUAGAUGUGAAUUCUGUGUAAAACUAUCGUACAUAGAGUACUGAAUAAGAAUAUUAUGUAAAAAAACUUAGGAAAAUUAUAAUUUCUAUAAAUAGCUCAAUAAUAGCUAAUAAUGUUUUGAAAAUUCUACCACGUUUGAAAAAGGCAAGUGUUCUAUUCAAAUUUUAAAUAUCUAUGAAAAUAUUUAACUGAAUUACAGAAAAAAAAAAAUGAAAAUAUAGUAGUCGCCGCUUAUAGUGUUCAGAAUUGCAGGUACGGAACAAGCAGUAGUUAUCAAUGCAUCUUUUGUCGCUCACUGUGUUCAGAUUUUCGGUUAAAGUGAUCAGUAAUAGAAAAUGUACAAUAAUUUAAAAAAAAAGAAAAUUUGAUUAUAGAAAAGGUACUAUAUUUGAAAAUCGGAGCAAGAUUUCUGGUAGUAAAGUUGUUUACAGAAAAAAUCAAUUUGUACAAAAAGGACGGACAUGCUUCGUACGUGGGUGCAGUCAUUAUUGUAGGUGAGAAGUUGGGCAGGUCGAAUACAGAAGGAAAUUUAGUGUAUAUCUGUAGAAGUAACAAUAAAAAAUUGCUAACGAAAAAACGAUUCUGAGCGAAGUUCAGGUGAUAGUGAUGCUUUGUUAACGAUAGAUAUGUCAUAUUAUGGCAAAAUGAUGACAACAAUGAUUGUUUAAAAAAGAUUAAAAAAGGAAAAAUUAAUAACAAUAAAUAAACAAAAACGGUUACCAAUGACAACCUUAUCUUUAAACAUUCAAUAUUUUUUAAUCUAAAGAACCAGGUUUUCCUCAUUAUCCAGAAUAUUAAUUUUAAUUUCAAAAAAUCACCUCUCUUAAGUGCCACCUAGAAAAUAUUUAAAAUAUGUCUGAAUUGUCUGAAUUCACACCGACCGGAAACGGGAGAAUGGGUCUGAAUUGAUCAUGCGGCCCAAGUGUUAGCAAAGGAAAAAAAAAAAUCCCUUUGAUAAUAUUACGAGAUUUAUACCCAGAAUAGGUAUCGGUUAAUGGUAUCGCUUUCAUGUUGCAAAAAAAAAAAAAAAAAAAAUAACCGAUUCCGAUUGUAUCCGUCGACCUUUCUAUUUCCCGUGCCGAAUUUUUAUAACUACCUAAAUAAUUAUUAUAAUAAUAUACGGAAUAACGUACGAUAAUAUUAAGAGCCGUUUUAUUGCGGAAAAUGUAUUUUAAUGAUCGUAUAAUUAAUGAAAUAUUGUGAACAUAUUCGUGGGUAUUCGUAAUUUUUUUAUGACAAAUGAUUCAACUUUGAGCUCAUUUAGAACGUUGCACACGGACAUUCGUUUGAAUAUAAAUUGUUACGCAUCCGUCCGUUUUACAUCAUUUAAUCUUUAAAGUGUUCUUAUUACUAUACGACUUGCUAAACAACAAAAUAACAAUAAUAACAAUUCUCACUAUUGAAACGUUCAUAUUGUUUGCUUUUAUAAGUUUUUCUUUAAACUUUUUUAUUUUUUACAUUCACAGAGUAUAGUUAAUUUAUACUUACAUAUUUAUUAUAAUAUAUAUAUAUAUAUAUAUAUGUAAAAACAUUUUUGUUAAUAUUAUUAUUAUUAUUAUUAUUAUUUUUUUUUUUUUGAAAACAAGCCGUAUUUCACGAUAAAUUACAUCAGUUUGUAAAAGGUUAUGUUAAAGGUAAAUAAUAAAAAAAAAAAAAAUAAAAAAUACCUACUCAUAUUACUAGUAACAGCGACAAAACAUUCUCAUUUUCGUUUCGUUUUAUGUUCAUUUAUUUUUAACGGCUAAGUUUUAACUUUUAAUAAAUGUACAACUAAAAAUGAACUUUUUUUUUACACUUUAAAGUAAAAAACCAUACUUACACCCGUUAUUUGUUGAUUAUUAAUUCGAUUACUAUGUUUAAUGUAUUUAUUUUGUUCCAUAUUAUAUUUAAUUUCGCUUUUGUCGAUACGUUUAGAAUUUAUCCAGUGAUAAUAUGCUCACCCACCACGAACAUAAACGAAACGAUGUAAAAGUAUUGCCUUUGGCGCCACCCGCCUCGCAAACGUCAUGGAUGGUGAAGAAUCCGAUUUCGUUGGUGUUAGAAGUGGUGCUCAUAUUUUACAUGCUCCUCAUUACGUUGUUUUUCAAAAUAUUCCGCAUAAUUCUGCCGAAAUCGAAAAAAUCCGUCAACGAUAAAGUCGUACUGGUAAAUAUUAAACACGUUUUCAUAAAUACAUUUUGAGUUUAAACAAUGUCUACAGUGCGAACUACAAUGAAACUGUUGACAUUUUUUUAAUCUUUUGUGAAGACAUUAAAAAUAUAAAUUAUUAUUUUACUUAACGUUGUGUAUAGUUGAAAAAUUCAGAAAUUAUAUUAUCAUAGUUUAUAAAUUGGAAUUGAAACUUGUCAAUUUGUAGUUUGAUUUUAUCCUCCGUGAGUACAUUGUUUUAGCUCGAAUUUGUGUAUAAACGAUAUAUUUUCGAUAUGUUCCCAUGUGGAUCGUUUAAAUAUUUUUGUUCCGCACAGGUCACCGGGGCGGGUAGGGGAUUGGGUCGUGAGCUUGCCCUGCAGUUCGCCGGGCUGGGCGCCAAGGUGGCCUGCGUGGACGUGGACCCGCUCAGCAACGAAGAGACGACGCAGUUUAUCGAGAGACACAUACCGGGCGCCAAGAUCAAAGCGUACACGGUGAACGUUGCGAUCAGCGCCGAGACGGAAGCGCUGGCCGCCAGGGUGGAACAAGACUUGGGUCCUGUCGACGUAUUGAUCAACAACGCCAGCGUCAUUAUGGCCCACUCGUUUCUGGAAACCACAAAUCACACCAUCACCGCAAUAGUCAACAUCAACCUGCUCGGACAGUUUUGGGUAAGUUGGUUGUACAUUUGUAGGUUAAGUCAUUUUCGUUUUAUCUCCAGCCAGCCGUUAUCCGUGCAAGAUUCCCAGUCGAAAACAAAACAUUAACCGUUUCAAAAAUAUUCGGACGUAUUUCGCACGGUGGGUGGGCCGCUGUUGUAGCUGAGAAAUUGAAAAGGUAGGAUAUAGAGGUGCAUUUUAUGUACAUCUGUACGCAGCGAUUAAUCAUUAACCGAACGAAAAACGAUUCAGCGCGAAGUUCAGUUAUACGAGUUUAUGUUUUAAAGAUUCGUAAUAUCGAAGAUUUUGAAAGUAAUACAUUUCGUAUAUUUUCCAGUUUUCCUACGUUUUUUCCUGGUUUUUCCCAUUUAUUAUGAAAACCCUACAAAAAAAAAAAAAAAAAAAUUACCCCAUUAAAAUACCACUCUAAUCAGACAUCCUUUCAGAAAAAGUGCUAUAGUUGAAAAUCUGAGUAAAACUGCUGGUAGAAAAGUUGUCCGCAGAAAACAAAAAUAAACAUUAUUGUAAAACCAAUACAUUCCUCGCUCUACUCGGAAUCUAAAAUACGAUUCCCAUGACGCACAAUCGUAUCGUAAUCCGGGCGUAGAUUUUUGUGAGUUAAACGGUAAUGGUCUUAACUCGGAUUUAGCGAAAAUGUGUAUAGUUCCCUCAGAAUGCAUAUUUUCGGUUAGUAAUGCUUCAAAACCGUCACACCGUAACCCGUCGUGGAAAUACGACACUAUGAUUUGAAUAAUGGUUCAAAUACCGACAGCAAAUACCAAUACUUAGAAUAGCUACAAUAGUUUUUUUUAUAAUAUCGUGGUUCCUUCUCGGUUAUACGGGGGAAGGGUAAUGAUGCAGUUCCGUACGUAAUCGUCUUUAGUAUGCAACGGUUUGUCGUUGCUUUCGAUUAACUGUAUAAACUAUUCUGUAAACCGUAUUACUUUGUACAAACCCUUCACUCGGAGCAGUGUUCAACAGUGGUCGGAACACUAAGUGGCCUUAGUGGCGUAACUACGACUUUUAAUGGCCAUGGCGAAAUAUUCUAGAAUAACGAUUAACCAAAUUGAGAGCCAAGUGCUCAAUUCGCGUUGGGGGCCGAAUUACCCGAUUUACGCGGAUGGAACAAAAUGAAAAAUAAAAGGUGACCUGACCUGACCAUAGUGGGAGCCCAACUUCAUACGUAUCGUUCAAAUUUAUACCUUUUGCCAUGAUUUGGGGCUCGGAAAUAUCGUUUACCAGUGGCUCAUUGUCCGUCAUGCCACCCUAUCGGUACGCCCGCGAGUGGUAUUCUACCUUCAUUUUUUAAAAUUGUUUUAUUUUUUUUACAUUUCAGAUGAUACGGUCAUUUUUGCCGAGUAUGUUGAAAAGGAACAGCGGACACAUCGUAGCGAUAUCGUCGGUGUCGGCUCUUAGCGGAGCCGCAAACCUGUCGGCGUACACUGCUAGCAAAUGCGGUGUUAACGGUAAACCCGUCGUUACAAUCGAAUAUUAUAGAAACCAACGUCUUUAUGUCCCGAACCACAUUUUAAAAUCGAUGUUGUUCGUAUAGCUGUAUUAACGCAAUAGUUCAGGCGCAUUAUCAAGUCUUUGAAAACUCUUUAAAAACCAAUGGAAUACUCGUACAUACCGUUAUCUAUAAUAUUAUUAAGUACGGUUUUCAAGAUUGAACGAAAUUUCAAACACGUCGAUAACAAUAUAUUUUUGUUUUAGUUUUCGAUAAAAUGAUUUUCAUACAGGUUAAGUUUAUCAACGACAUUUUGCGACCUUUCUCUGCCUCCCAUGAGCUCAUUGACAGGGUGUCCGAAACUAAACCACCCAAGCAUAAUAACAAAUACUCGUGCAUAACGAAAAAAAACUGUUACAGGCAUGAUGGACAGUCUUCGAGAAGAACUCAGAGAACGGCCCAACAACCAAAUACAGACCACCGUCGUUUUGCCCAAACUGAUCAACACUAGUGCCGAUUACUUGAAAUACAUCAACAGCAGGUAUCGUUUCACGGUUUAAAAAAAAAUAACUGAAAUUCAAAAUUGUUGCGUUUGUUGGAAUCGCUAUUUAUUCGGCGAUUUAUACGGUUUUAAGAUCGUUGACCAGAGAAUUUCGGUAUUUUGCUGGUCGAUAUUUUUCAAAAUACUCAUUUUGAUCCGAAAAACGGUUUAAGAGUGAAACAUGUUUGUUACGCCUACACCGCAUUAUAGUCUUAUAUAUAGGUUCCUCGAUCCACUUAUAGAGAAUCUAAAAUCUAUCUCUUAAAUCGUACCCAAUCUGAAAUAUUAAAUUCAUUAUAAAUAAGGCCUGGCUAAUACCAAUAACGGAUAUUAAUAUCGACCGAUAUAAUGUGUAAUUUAAAGGUAUGUGAUAAACUGAUAAAAAGUAAAUACACAUUAGACAAUGCUUUAAUUAAUAAUUAUUAUUAUCAUUUAUUAACGGUAUGAAAUAUCCUUGAAGAAACGAUAUUUUGACUUCCUACACGAUUCAUAUCGGUUUAUAUAGUUGUUUUUGAAAAAAUGUUUUUUUUUUUUUUUUUUUUUUUUUUAUCGGCUCACGAAUCCAAGUAAAUAAAAUAAUAUCGGAUCGGCUAUCGAUUUUAUAUCGGAAUACUGGAAAAAAAAAACAAAACGAUGCACUCGGCGAAGCUUUAAUUAUAAGCUCGUAUUUUUUUUUUAUUUUUUUUUAACACGCAUUCUACAAGUAACUCCACACGACCAGGGGCGUCAUUUUAGUUUUUUAAUAGGGAUACAAACAUUUGAAUCUGGCCAAUUUUUCUGAACAUUGUCCGUUCGCUUCGUUCCGUUAUAUUCGUAUUCUUGCUUUGCAUUUUCAUAUUCAAAUACUAGGUUUGUUGGCCUUGGCGUUACAGUAAUAAAUUGUUACUAAACCACGUGAGUUACCUUGCCAAUAUACCGGUUUUUUUUGUAGCCACGAUAACAAUAAUUAACAGUGAUAAAAAAUCCUCCGUGUCUCACUGUCAAUUAUUAUAGCGUUUUACGCGGGCCACGGAGACGUUUAAAAAUAUAGGGCUGCCAAAGUGCAGCAUCUGAAUGCCUCAAAUGACGCCCUUGCACACGAGUACCAUACGGACCGCCGUCGCCGUGCGUCCGUAUUUUAACGAACAUUAAUCGGAUUUCAGGACGCCGGUGUUGAGCUUGGAACGCGCGGCCAAACGUACGGUGUACGCGAUCCUAACGAACAAAGUCGAGCACAGCAUUCCCGGUUAUGUAUACUACGCGAACACGAUUCGAAAGUAAACGAACAAUACCUGAUAGUAAUUGUAUGUAAUCGAAUGAUUUUUACAUUAUUUUUUUUUUUCCUCCCGACAGAAUACUGCCCGUCAAUAUCUCGGAUUCGAUCAAAAACAUUUUCUACGUGAAAUACACGGUACCGCCGCAAGAAGUCCAGAUCACAAUGCCCAACUCGAUGAUCAUAAACCGAACUCUGUCUAUUAAUUAGAGAAUACUGCAAUAUAACAACAAUAAUUAUAAUAAUAAUAGUAUUUAAUAAUAACACGGUAGUAAAUGAUAAUAUAAUAGUCGUGUGACGCCGAAAUUGAAUAUUGUUGGAAAAUCGUUUAAUACUCACAUAUAGGCUGCAGUCUCUACUCUUAAUGUCCGAGUAAAAAUAUUAUUUAAACGCAAAUAUUCGAAUUUUACGUGUUUUUAAUACUUUUACAAAAACUUGUCAGUAUUUCAAAUAUUGUUCAAAAUUAUAUUUUGUAUUUAAGAUUGAAUAAUCAUUUUAAUCGUAUCCCGUCC